CGCCCGUGGCCGGCCGAAGGGCCAGCAUGGACCUCCCCCUCCUCACGGCCGCUGUCUUCACCGCCCACCUCCUCUUAGGAUACGCGGAUCUGCACCAGGACUCCGAGUGGGACGACGAGGCGGCUAUGUUCGCGCAGGCUGAAGGGGACGAGUAUUACGACUAUAAUUCUUAUACCGUCACCCCGGACUACGACAACGAAUCUUCCAUACUCAAUUUCACGCUCGACUACUCCCUGUUCAUGGAAGAAGAUGCCCGGGAAUGGCGGACGGUGGCGGUGACGGCGUCCCCGGAAAGGACGACGGAAAGGACGACGGAAAGGACGACGGGGAAGACGACGGACGGUAGGCCGGAGAUCCCGCUUCCCACCAUUCCUGGGCUGGAGCAGGAAACCCCCAGACAGACCACCACGGGCCCCGCUCCUGGUAGCUCCGGCAUCCCCCGGCCCCUGGUCUUUCCCGUGCUGCUGUGCUCCCUGCUCCGCCGGUGGAUUAUCCUGACCGGUCCCCGGCAUCCGGACUCCGCGGCCGAAACGUCGGAUGGAGUCCCCGCGAGGCCGGGAUUCUCCCGCCAGGCUCUCCUGCCCGACGGGGAGGCCGGGCCCCGGGCCGGCCCGCUCCGCUGCCGCCGGCGGCCCCGGCCCCCGAGGUCCGGCGGGUUCCCGGCCCGGAGGCGGCCGGAGCCCCCCGGCUUCGCCCCGCCGGCCCCCGGGGCCGGACGUCCGGGGGGCUACGGGGGAGACGGGGGCCGCGGCCCGGCCACGGAGGGAGACCGACUCUUUGCUCAGAAGUGCCAAGAGCUCCGGGGAUUUAUCCGGCCGCUGACCGACCUGCUGAACGGGCUGAAGAUGGGCCGCUAUGAGAAAGGGUUGAGCAGCUUCCAGCAGAGCGUGGCCGUGGACCGGAUCCAGCGCAUCGUGGGCGUCCUGCAGAAGCCAGAGAUGGGGGAGCGUUACCUGGGGACCCUGCUGCAGGUGGAAGUCAUGCUGAAGGUCUGGUUCCCCCACGUUGCGCCCCGCAACCGCCGGCGCCCUGCUAAGGCGUCCGGCAGCCCCCAGGAGAAGCCCCCCGCCCCCCGGCCCGACCAGAGCCGCCUGCCGGGGGCCGAGGAGGAGGAAGAGGAGGAGGACGAAGGGCCGCGGUGGGCGCGGCGGGCCAGGCUGCUCCCCGAGGGGCUGCCCCUGCACCUGACGUGGGUCCACGCCGCCCCCCUCGGCAACCCCCCGGGACCCCCGGCGGCCUUCGGCAUCAUCCUCUUCCUCCGGGACGCUCCCCGGCCCCUCCCCGGCCCCCCGGGCCCCGGGCCCCGCUGUCACAGCCCGCCGGGCCGCCCGCCGCCGUCGCAGACGCCCGCUCGCUUCUCCUGAUGGCUCCCCUUCCCCAUCCGUCCCCACCCCGGGCAUUCAUUCAUUCAUUCAUUA